AUGCCUAAGAAGAAGACUGGUGCUCGUAAGAAAGCUGAGAACCGUCGUGAACGUGAGAAGCAGAUAAGAGCUUCAAGAGCCAACAUAGAUUUAGCCAAACAUCCUUGCAAUGCUUCAAUGGAAUGUGACAAGUGCCAGCGGCGACAGAAGAAUAGAGCUUUUUGCUACUUCUGUAACUCUGUGCAGAAAUUACCCAUUUGUGCACAAUGUGGUAAAACCAAAUGCAUGAUGAAGUCUUCAGAUUGUGUUAUAAAACAUGCUGGGGUGUACAGUACUGGACUGGCAAUGGUGGGUGCAAUCUGUGAUUUCUGUGAAGCCUGGGUGUGUCAUGGGAGGAAGUGUCUGAGCACGCAUGCCUGCAUCUGCCCUCUUGCAGAUGCAGAAUGUAUUGAGUGUGAAAGAAGUGUCUGGGACCACGGAGGCAGAAUAUUUGCUUGCUCUUUUUGCCACAAUUUCCUCUGUGAAGAUGAUCAGUUUGAACAUCAAGCCAGCUGCCAAGUUCUGGAAGCAGAGACAUUUAAGUGUGUUUCCUGUAAUAGGCUUGGGCAGCAUUCAUGCCUGCGCUGCAAGGCUUGUUUUUGUGAUGAUCAUGUGCGAAGUAAGGUUUUCAAGCAGGAAAAAGGAAAAGAGCCUCCCUGCCCUAAAUGUGGCCAUGAAACUCAGCAGACAAAGGAUCUGAGCAUGUCAACACGUUCUUUGAAGUUUGGCCGACAGACUGGAGGUGAAGAUGGAGAUGGAGCUUCUGGUUAUGAUGCCUACUGGAAGAGUCUGUCCUCCAGCAAGGCUGGAGAUGCAGGUGACCACGAGGAUGAAUGUGAUGCAUAUGAAGCUGAAGAUGAUGACGAAGAUGACAACGAUGAGGGAGGAAAGGAUUCUGACACUGAGACCACAGAUGUAUUCAGCAAUUUGAAUUUAGGAAGGACCUAUGCUAGUGGAUAUGCACACUAUGAGGAACCAGAAGAUUAA